GCGACCCUGCCCUCCUCGCCAUUCCUGUAAUGGCUGCUUCCUGGAAGGCGCUGUCACGUGGAACUUCUUAGCCUCCGCACCCGGAGCUCCAGGAAGGGCGUAUUUCAAGUUAGAAUUAUACAUAUAUCGUUUUUUCGUUUUUAGAAACCUUCAGUCCUCAAGAUCCAGCCACGUCAAGAUCGCAACAUCAUGACGUCAGUUUCAACACAAUUGUUCUUAAUUCUCACUUCAUUACUUUUGGUGCUGCCUGUUGUUGAAGCAGUGGAAGCGGGAGAUGCAAUCGCUCUCUUGUUAGGUGUGGUUCUCAGCAUUACAGGCAUUUGUGCUUGCUUGGGGGUAUAUGCACGAAAGAGAAAUGGACAGAUGUGACUUUGAAGGGCCUCCUGAAUCAAACCUUUCCUUGAAAACCUUUGUGCUGUUGAAGUUAAAAGCUUAGCUUUGGUGUUGAAAGCUCCCAAGAAACAGUGAAUAAGGUAUUUUCACAUUCUUGGGUGUUUCCCUACAAAUAGAAACAAAUUGAUAUACAUUAAAUGGGGAAAAGAAAUCUUUUUCCCAAGAAAACAAAUAAUGCACUGAAAAAUGCAGUCUGUAAUUUGUGUUUGCCAAUUAGAAAAAGGGUCACAGACGUAAGGUGGCUGACAGUUUUGGAAUUCUCAAAGCACAUGAAAUAGGAAGAAGGAAACUCUUGCCAGAAGGAAAUCACCACUGUUCAGUUAUAAUCAGUGCCUCCUGCAUAAAAUUGAAAUCUUUCCUCCGUAUUUAUGUUAGAUUUUUGUUUUGUUAUCUCCCAAGUUAAUAUUGUAUAUCAAAUAACAGUCAAAAAUUAAAACUUAUUUCUUCGAAAGGAAAAAGGUUAGAAAAAUGUAUUCGGUAUAUCUAACAGUGAAAUGGAGAAAAGAUGUAAUGUAAAAAACUUUAUAUUGACAUUGAAAUGGAGAAGAGAUUUAAUGGUAAAAACUUUAUAUUAACUGAAUAACAUCUCACGAUGAGAAGUGAGAACUACUACAUUAAAUAUAAACCCAAUAUGUUGUUAA